ACCGAUUGGAGACUCCCAAGGCAAACGCUAAACCCCUGCCCAAGACUCCAUCUCUGAUUCUUCCAGGCUCUGUUCCUUCUUGGAAUGCCUGCUAUCGCCGAUCGGACCCACCUGCAUGCGUUUCUUAUAUACUUUGCCUAUCCACCGAGCUAUCGUAGAAUACUCGAAGAACCAUGGAAGGAGGUGGGGAUGACGCGCCAGUGGUGGCUGAGGGGGUGACGGAGCCCUUGAGCAAGAAUGCGUUGAAGAAGCUGGAGAAGGCGAAGAAGGCGGCCGAGGAGAAGCGAGCCAAGGAUGAGCUGAAGAAGGCUGCUGCGGCUGCUGCACCCAAAAAGGCUGCUAAGGUUUCGCAGCAGGGAGAGGAUGAUGAGGAUAUGGAUCCCACGCAAUACAGGAACAAUAGAUUGCGUGCAUUGGGCGAGCUGAAGGAGAAGUCAAAGAAUCCUUAUCCUCACAAGUUCCAAAUUAACAUCACGAUUCCAGAUUAUAUCGCGAAAUUCGGGUCUCUUCAGGAUGGAGAUCACCUCGAAGAUCAGUCUUUUUCUGUUGCGGGAAGGGUGAUGAGCAAGAGAGCCAGUGGUGGCAAGUUGAUGUUCUACGAUUUGCACGCCGAUGGCAUGAAGAUUCAGGUCAUCGCGCAAUUGAAUUAUUCCAGCUUGUCUGAGGAAGACUUUGGAAAAUUGCACGCCAGUAUCAAGCGUGGGGAUAUCGUUGGAAUCAAUGGUUUCCCAGGGAAGAGCAAGAAAGGAGAGUUGAGCAUCUUCGUAAGGUCUAUCGAGUUGCUAUCUUAUUGUCUGCACAUGUUACCCAAGACUUACGGCAAAGGAGGCAAAGACCAGGAGGAUAGCAAGGUUCCCGAUCAUUGGCACCCCGGACUUUCCAGAAACUUGGAUCGUUAUGUGUUGAAGGACCAGGAAACUCGUUACAGACAGAGGUAUCUAGAUCUCAUGCUCAACUCGGACAUCCGGAAUGUUUUCAAGACGAGGUCACAAGUCAUUCGAUUCGUCCGACGAUUUUUGGAUGAGCGAGAUUUUGUUGAGGUUGAAACACCAAUGAUGAACAUGAUAGCCGGAGGUGCUGCUGCUAAACCAUUCAAGACACAUCACAAUGAUCUGAACAUGGAUCUGUUUAUGCGAAUUGCUCCUGAACUUUACCUGAAAGAGUUGAUUGUUGGAGGCUUGGACCGUGUAUACGAGAUUGGGAAGCAGUUUAGGAACGAGGGCAUUGAUCUCACCCACAACCCCGAGUUUACUGCCUGCGAGUUUUAUUGGGCUUAUGCUGAUUAUGAUGACUUGAUGAAAGUCACAGAGGAAAUGCUUUCUGGCAUGGUAAAAGAAAUUACUGGAAGCUACAAAAUUCAGUAUCAUUCAAAUGGAUUGGACCAGCCUGCAAUUGAAAUUGAUUUUACUCCUCCUUUCAGGAGGAUCGACAUGAUUAAGGGCCUCGAGGAAUUCUCAGAAGGAAAGAUUAAACUCCCAAAGUCUUUGGAGCUUUUAGAGGCACCUGAGGUUAACCAGUAUUUAAUAGAAGCCUGUGAAAAGUUUGAUGUCAAAUGUCCUCCUCCUCAAACUACUACUCGUUUGCUUGACAAGCUUGUAGGCCACUUUAUUGAGGAGCAGUGUGUGAACCCAACUUUCAUCAUGCAUCAUCCCCAACUCAUGAGUCCUCUUGCCAAGUGGCAUCGGUCCGUUCCAGGCUUAACAGAACGGUUCGAACUGUUUGUGAAUAAGCAUGAGGUGUGCAAUGCUUACACAGAGUUGAAUGACCCAGUGGUUCAACGUGAACGAUUUGCUGAUCAAGUCAAGGACCGUGAGAAAGGAGAUGACGAAGCAAUGGCCAUUGAUGAAAACUUCUGUACCGCACUAGAGUACGGUCUACCACCAACGGCUGGGUGGGGCAUGGGUAUCGACAGAUUCACAAUGAUGCUGACUGACUCUCAGAACAUCAAGGAAGUCUUGUUGUUCCCGGCCAUGAAGCCCCAUGAAGAUGUGAUCGAGCCUCCAGUGCGAGCUGCCGAUGAUUCGGCUUCGUAGAUUUAUCUGCAUUCGCUUUGGAAUAAAGCAAGAUUUUCAUUACUAAUAUGAACUAAAUUUUAUAAGAGACAAUUGAUAUUGCAGAGUGAGACAAUUUGGUUGUAUUGGUCAUGAACCUCAGAUGCAUUUCUUUUUAUUUCUUGAGAUGACCUCUGGCGUUAUCAUUAUGGCCAACGUUUAUCUCUUAUAUACAAGGUAGUUAUGUUUCCAAAAUUGGGCCAGAUUGCAAGCUACUGGUAUAUGUAAUUUCAUAUUUGAAUGAUUCAUCUGUCUGCCAGCUA